GACAAAGACUGAAAUCUAUGCGCUGUCGUAAAAAAAGUAUGCACUGUAGGGCAUAAAACUGCAGAUGAAAGGCUUCGAUGGUGUUUAAGGAGGCGAUGAAACUUACCGGAUUUUGAUACGUUGUUCUUAGCUCACAGAUUGAGGAAUUGAGACCGUGUGGUAUAUGAUAAGGUCGGACCGGUAAAAAAAGAAGGUAAAUUACAUAUAUGAGUAUGAGGGUAUUCGCAGUAAAACCCAAAUUGAUAAUCAUCUUUAUAAUUGUCGUGGUGGUUUUGUUAUACCUUACCUUCAAGUCAACCUACAGGCCAAGUUCCGGGCCCCUGUCCACCAUAAAGCUUGAUGCUGGAUCAGUUGGACAUGGAUAUGCAACAGUGGUCAUCUCAACCCAGGACCUGGAAGACAGACUUCGCAAAGGAGAGAAAAUUGAUGAGAACAGUUCAAAACUAGCCGAGUUGAUCCGCUUUAAAUACAUAGCUAAAGCCAAGCCAGAUCGGCCGUAUAACUUGCAGGAUGUACAAAAGAAGGAUUUCUCAAGAGGGCAAAGUAUGUUUAUCGAGGAAACGCUGGGGUCGAAGAAAAAUGGCUUUUUCAUCGACAUAGGGGCUGGGGAUGGGGAGAAGGAUUCUGUAAGCCUAUAUUUAGAGAAGGAAUUAAGAUGGACGGGUCUCUUGAUCGAGCCUGACCCAGCCAAACAACAGGACCUGGCUCUUAAAAAUAGGAAAGCAGACAUUCUGCACGGCUGUGUCAACAACGAGAAGUUCGCCAUGCAGAAAAAGAUCAAAGAAGGGCACUUAUUUACCGAUAGUGCUUCAGACCAGGACCAAGAAGGCUACCCAGUGAUGUGCUUUCCAUUUUCUGCCAUAGCAACCGCGAUUGGCAGACGGCACAUCGACCUUGUUACCAUAGAUGCGAAUAGGAGAGAACUGGAGAUUUUAGAAACCAUUCCGUUUAACCUAAUAGAGAUAGAAAUUCUCAGUGUGGAAUUUCAGGAAGAUGAGGCCAACGACAUCAUUCAGUUUAUGCGGAGCCAAGGCUAUAAGGCAAUAAAUCUGAUGGACAAUAGAAUUUUAGACAAACGAGAUCUAAUAUUUAGGAGAAGGUCAACAAAUGAAAACUCUAAUGUUUGAUUACAAAAUGUAUAUAAAUCAUAUAUUUCUGGUUUUAACCGUGUACAAAACGUGUAAAUAAAAUGUGUA